UUAAGGUUAUGAUUAUUCUGACCAGUUGUGGCUCAAUGAGUUCCUCUUGUGGCGAAGUCAGAAUAGUACUGACUACUGAGUUAACGAGAUUUCGCAAUAAGAUACGAUUGCCACAAGAUGGGAUACUAUCAGUAUUCUUGAAAGGGAAUAUGGUCAAAACGCUCAUUUUUAUAACAUUCACAAAGAGUCUUAUCACCAUGAGAGACAAACUUAAAACCGUGAACAACAAACUUAGUUGCAUUCCUGCUUCAGUUUCUUAUCUUAAGAAACGAUGUGUUUUUGUUAUCUUAGAACUAACUCUGGUUUCUCUGUGACCUUUUUUUUUAUCUUAUUUCCAGAUAGACGUUGUACACAGGAAGACUUUUUAUCCAGUUGGCUAUUUAUAUUGAUCGGUUUCUUUUUUUAUUCAGCGCCCUCUUGGUGACAUAAUGUUAUAUAGUAGUAAUUGAAAUGAAAAAAGUUAAACGAAAAAAGUUGCACGAAUGCGGCAUUUGUGGUAAAAGUUUUGGACAGAUUAGUCAUCUCAGGGACCAUCGAACGACACACACUGGAGAACGACCUCAUAAGUGUGAAAUUUGUGGCAAGGGAUUUACACAGAACAGUCAUUUGAGAAACCAUCUGCGUUUGCACUUUCCGGAUAAACCACAAAAUCAACAGAAAUGUGAAGUUUGUGGGAAGGUACUCGGAGAUGUGCGGAGUAAGACUAUUCAUAUGAGACAACAUACAGGGGAAAGACCAUAUAAAUGUGAAGAGUGUGGAAAAGGCUUUAGCGACAAUAGUACUUUGAGAAAGCAUAUGAAUCAACAUGCAAAUAAAUUUGUGUGUGAAAUCUGUGAACGGUCCUUCGGCUGCAAAUCUCAUCUUUCCUAUCAUAUUCUCACUCAUACAAACGAAAAGCGAUUUAUGUGCACUGUAUGCGAUAAAUUAUUCGCACGCAAAGAGAAUUUGAAGUUGCAUAUGAGAAGGCAUACUGAUGAAUAUCAAUUCAAAUGUGAAAUAUGUGGUGUCAUCAAGGUGCAACAAUCUGAGCUGAAUAGUCAUAUGCGCACCCACACGGGUGAAAAACCGUUUGUAUGUAAAUUAUGUGGGAGGGCAUUUAGUCAACGAGGUAGUCGGAAUACUCAUAUGAAGACAGUGCACUCCAGCAAAAAGCCUUAUGCAUGUGAAAUAUGUGGAAAAAGAUUUGCCGUACAAGUUUAUGUCAAUGCUCACAUAAAACAGAGCCAUUUAAAAUGCAAGCGCGCAAAGACAGACAAAGUUGAACAGGAGCCAACUAAUCAUAUGUAUUCGGAACCCACCGUUAUUGCCUGUAAGAUUGAUCAAAACGCUAAAUUACAAGCACCCCAUAUAAUUGAAAUCAAAGAAGAAUUACAUUCAGAAUAUGAUCAUGAAUAACUUGAUUAUAUACCCUAAGUAGUGGUGCAUGAUCGUCCCGUCGAUCCAGAAAUGACACAAUUCCGGGCGAAAAUAUUGCCUCUUGAGAAUCUAUCUCAUGAACAGUACUUUUCGAUACACAACUGAGGUAUUUAAAACAGGGGGCUCGACGGUGGAUACGAUUUAUAUUUUUCCUUGGUUCGAGUUGAUAUUCAGCCUCCACAACCAAUCCCAUUUUUGAAUAUUCAACAGCAAAUCAUUACUAAACUCAACACGGACUGUGCAAUUCUGAAAAAUAGUUAAUUAUCUUGUAAUGUUUGUAAAUGUUUUUUUACACAAAUGUGAUUGAAAUAAUUAAUGACUUAUGUAUUCAAAUAUAUAACUUUAAUAAAAGCCGAAGAAAUAAACAUGCAUUCUUUACCAUUA